UUUAAAUAGACAACAUGAACUAUAUAUAACACUAUUAAAUUAUUGUUAAAUUACCCUUUUUUUUUAAAAAAAAAACCCUUUUUUUUUUUUUCUUCUUAUUACAUAAUAGCUUCAACCCCCCUCUUAAAACAUACAUAUUCACAAGCAGAAAACAUUUAUUCUUACAAAAACUUUAUUUCCCCUUUUUUAUGGUUUCUUGAGAAGUAGAAGUGAGUUAAAGAAGUAAGGUAGAGAAAUCAAAAAUUAGAAAUUAAACUUCCAAAUUAGGGUUGAUUUGUGUAAAUUCAGAAAACAAAAAAGAAAGACCAAUUCAUCAUUAUCAUGGGAAGGGGAAAGAUAGAGAUGAAGAGAAUAGAGAACAGGACUAAUAGGCAAGUGACUUAUUCGAAGCGGCGACAAGGGCUAAUGAAGAAGACCAAAGAACUUGCCAUUCUUUGUGAUGCUCAAAUUGGCCUCAUCAUCUUUUCUGGAACUGGAAAACUUCAUACUUUUCCAGAAUCUUCCAACAGUCUAGAGCAAACUAUACAGAGGUAUCUGAAUGUUCAAGGCAUUCAGCUCCCAGUACAUGAUAACCGGGAAGAGCUAUAUUCGGAGCUGCAGGCGCUAAGGGAAGCGAUUCACAACGCUGAGCAAAACAUAAGGAACUACUUGGUUGAGGAUUUGGGUCCUCUCCCCCUUGAGGUGUUGCAAAAACAUGAACACCAGCUUGAAUCCUCCUUGAACAUAAUUCGAGUAAGAAAGAACCAGCUCAUGCAACAGCAAAUGGAAAAUCUUCGCAGAAAGGAACAACUGUUGCAGACUGAAAAUGGAAACAUGUAUCAUUGGUUGAUGGGAGGUGGGCAACUUCAUGAGCAGCAGCAGCAGCAACUAAUGGGGCCGAUACCAUUUAUAUAUGGAGGAGAAGACCAGCCAAGUAGCAGCACUGUUCUUCAGCUUGCUACUUCAUCUUCAUCGUCUCAUCAGUAUUGUCCCUACCGCCUUCAACCCACUCAUCCUAACCUUCAAGACUAUGAGUGAGUUGUUUCCGAAGCAAGGCUAUUAAUUCAACAAAUGCGUGCUACUAAACAUAGAUCUUGUUAGUUUACAAAUAAAAUCUAAAAUUUCAUUUAAUUUCAGAAACUUAUCUCUGAUAGUCUGAUGUAUGAAUUUUCUGAAUGUUGUGUACUCGUGUUAAAACUUUUUAUCAUUUGAUUUAUACAGUGGUGUCUUCUCCCUUGAUAUACUUGCCCCCUCUUUCAUGACCUUUUAAAGUAAAUAAU